CAUGUCAGGAAAUCGGGCGCCCAUGGAAGAUUGUAAGGAACCCCGUGAAUGAAGCUAGACCUCCUCUACUAGAAGAUAGGAAAGCCAAGAUGAAAAGAGCUAGAUCUCCAUCCAUCACUUCCUCCCCUAUUCCCCAGCUUGAUGGGAUAUGUACACCAUCAACACCUAACACCAAUCUUCCUUCCAGGCCUAAGGUUACUAAGGAAUCUGAUCCUGAGUCAGCGCCUGAACCUGAACUUGAUCCUGAGUCUGCGCCUGAACCUGAACCUGAACCUGAGACUGAGUCUGCGCCUGAACCAGAACCUGAUUCUGAGUCUGCCCCUGAACCUGAACCUGAGGCUGAGUCUGCGCCUGAACCUGAACCUGAGACUGAGUCUGCGCCUGAACCUGAACUUGAGACUGAAGCUGGUCCAGAAUCUGAAACUGAACUUGAAAUCGAACUAAAACCACCUGUGAACAUUGCAAACCCAGUUUUUACUUUCUGUGAAGAAAAAGAUUGUACAGUUUGCCCAGUUAGACACAACGCAAUUAGAGCAUAUGAAAAAGUAGACAACCAAAUUAAAUAUCAGUUGGUUAAUAACUACAGGAAGUUCUGUUGUUUCUCAGCAAUGGAUGACGAGGGAGUCAGCUGCGAAAUAUUGCACUGGCAUUCAAAGUCUAAUCUGUGUCUAUCAUAUGAAUCAUUUAUAUAGAAAAUAAAUAAUGUAGUUUUUCCA